AUGCCUAUGCUGGAGGUGAUUUCACUAAGGUGACUAAUUCUUUAACGUCCUUCUAACCCAUGUAUUAAAGUUCGAAUAAGAUUGAAAGCCUCGAAGCGUUUGCUCACUGCCGUACCCUCAGGGAGCUAUAUCUACGGAACAACAACAUAUCAAAGCUGGAUGAAAUUCAACAUUUACGUGCCCUUCCUCAUCUGCACACGCUUUUUCUGUUAGGAAAUCCGUGUUGCUAUGCUCCAGGUAAACUGGAUUAA